CAGAAUCAGGACGUAGGACAGCAAAACCAGAUAGAGAGCCAAUGUAGGACUGGAGUGUAGUGUGUUAAAUAGAACAGAGACGCCAUCUCAGGCUCAGAGAACAGUGAAGCAGAGAGCCCUUAUGAGGGCCCUUACCGUAUAUGUACUGAAACAGUACUACAGAGGCUGGAGACGGCAGGUUCAGUGGUAGAUGUACACCGGAGGGGGGGCAUAAAAUGAGAGAAGAGAGAAUGUAUGUGAGAGAAGGUUGAAGGCAGGGAGAGCGAAUAGCAAGGGACAAGGAGAAGGAGAGUGUGUAAGAGGGAGGUAGAAUAUUGGGGGACAAGAGGGAAUAUGAAAGUGUGUGUUUGUGAGAGAGACAGAGCGAGCGAGAGGGGUAGGAUGAGAGGGAGAGAGAGGGAUAGAAAGUCAGAAUAGAGAGUAACAAGAGCAGCUAGAGUGAGUGAGUGAGUGGAAAAUUGAGGUAAAGGGAGAGGGAGGAAAGUGAAUGAGUGAGAUCCACCUACCAGCUGUAGAGAGAGCGAGAUAGAGAGAGAGAGCGCAGGGCUGUUUGAAUGAGCCACAUUGGAGAGGGAGAGUGUGUGAGUGUGUGAGUGUGUGUGCGAGGGAGAGAUGGAGACAGCACUAUAGAGGGGGUAGGGCAGGUGAAAGGGUGUGUGUAUGUGUGUGAGAGAGAGGUUGUCAGAUCCCCCUCGAAGUAGAGGCUGCUGCUCAGUGCAGUUGCUCUGGGUCCCAUUGAUACUCAUUUAUAGAGUGGGAAGAGCUGAAAAUGUCAUUUUGAAUGGAGGGAAAAACAUUUGCUAUUUUUUUAUCUUUCCUUAUUUGUCCUUCUGGAUCUUUACUCAUCUCCACUGGUCCUCCUUGCUUUCUUUGUGGGUGUAUAAAGGAGGUCACUGCGGAUACAAAGAAACAGAACACAGUCCAGUAAAAGCAUGUUUUCGGGGGUGAAGACAAUGUCGCACGGGACAGCCAUGUCACGUUGCCACGACAGCAAUGUCACCUGGCUCUCUCUGCAGUGACCCUGCACAGCGAAGGAUGCUGGGAAAUAGCAAACACUAUUAUCCCGGGGAGGAUGACAAAUAUGGGGAGGAUGAGGAAGAGGAAGAGGAGCAGGGACGAGAGAACAGAAAGGGGGAGAGUAGAGAGAAGGAGAAUGGAGGGAUAGAAGGGCUCGAGGAGAUGGAGAUAAAGGGAGGCAGACAAUCACGCGAAGGUAAAUGGGAGGGAGGUAAACCCUCGGCCAUUGUGGUUGGAAGACAGAGAGGAGACCGGACACUGAGGCCAGCCAAUCCAAGAAAUAGAGGCAUCCCCUAUACAUCCAAUCAGGCCCCCCAAAAGCAGCAACACCAUCUCAUCCCAGCCAAUCACCAGCAGUAUCACCCGGUCCCGUCCACUCAGACCCAGAAGAGACGCGCUCACAUGGAGCGCAGUAUGACCACAGUGGCGCCCAUAGAGGACACUCACCUGACCAUGAUGGUGUUCCGCAUUGGAAUCCCUGACAUCAAACAGACAAGGUGUCUGCAGUUUGACCCUGACUUCACGGUGUGGAGUGCCAAGCAGCAGGUCGUCUGUUCGCUGAGCGAGCCACUGUGGGACAUCUACAACUAUGGCCUCUUCCAGCCCGCCGGAGAGGGUCGAGACGCCAUGUUCCUGGAGGAGGAGCGCUGCCUCCGAGACUACCCACAGUCCUUUGAGAAAGGGGUGCCUUACCUGGAGUUUAGGUACAAGACCAGGGUAUACAAACAAACAAACCUGGAUGAAAAACUACUUACUAAACUGCACACCAAGGCGAGUCUGAAAAAGUUCAUGGACUACAUUGUGAGUGGAUCAUUAGAUAAGAUAUCAAAGGUCCUGGACAAAGGUCUCGACCCAAACUACCAUGACCCUGACAAUGGAGAGUCUCCUCUGUCUGUGGCGGUGCAAUCUGGUAUGACAGUGGAGGGGAUCAGGGCGCUCGUUCAAGGUGGGGCCCAUGUCGACUUCAGAACCAGAGAUGGACUGACAGCUGUACACAAGACUGUCAGGGCACACAAUCAUGUUGCGCUGCUGGCUCUACUGUCCCUGGGAGCGUCUCCUGAUUACAAAGACAGAUGUUGCCUGACCCCGCUGUACCACUCAGUGCUGAUAGGUGGCGACACCUCCUGCUGCGAGACCCUACUCUACUACAGGGCCAGACUGGGAGUGAGAGAUGAAAACGGCUGGGAGGAGUCUCACCAGCUCAGGGACGAAGAGGAAUUUGGAAUGCAAGAAAUACACAAGGCCUGCCAGAAUGGUUUUGCCCAGCACCUGGAGCACCUUCUGUUCUAUGGGGCAGAUACCACUUCUCAGAAUGCCUCAGGGAACACCGCACUUCACAUUUGUGCCCUGUAUAAUAAGGAAAGCUGUGUUCGUGUUCUGCUCUACAGAGGUGCCAAUAAGGAAAUGAAGAACAAGCAUGGACAAACCCCCUUUCAGGUAGCAGUAAUGUCAGGCCAUUUUGAAAUCGGGGAAAUCAUCAAAAAUCACAGAGAUGCAGAUGUAGUGCCCUUUCUGGAAUUCCCAAAGUAUGCUCCCAAAAGAGGAGAGAGUGCACGCACAAUCCCUCUCCUCGUGGCUCACCCUCACCCCCACCCCCUCCUGCGUGCUAACAGUGAUAACAGCAUGACCCUGCCUGAUACCAUGGCCCUGCCCAACAAGGCUGCUAGAUCCAAUCCCAUCCCUGGACAGGGUCGCAGGGCCUCUGUAGGUGUGAGGAGCUCCAGCAGUCCCAGGGCCCGUACCCGCUCCCCAUCACGAGGAAGAGGAGGAGGACAGAGUGACACAGAAGAGAGGCAUCACAGCAAACCACAGCGCGGCAGACAGGGUGCGACCUCAACAACAGGUGGUGGUGGGGGGUCAGCUGGGGGUCAGAUGAGGCGUAUGUACAGUGCGGUCCCAGGGCGAGUGUACGUGGCCACGAGGGCCUACACUGCCCACGGAGACAAAGAGCUUAGCAUCAGCAAAGGAGACAAAGUCAAAGUGUUGAGUGUGGGAGAGGGGGGGUUUUGGGAGGGCACAGUGAAGGGUCGUACAGGCUGGUUCCCCUCAGACUAUGUGGAGGAGGUGGGUCCUCCCAUUAAGGACAAUCGAUCAGAGACGCGCAGUGAGAAAGCCAAGAGGAAGCUGUUUCGUAAUGUUACCGUGGGAGCAUAUGAUGGUGUGGAUGGCCCCAGUGACUACAUCAUUAAGGAGAAGACAGUGCUCCUGCAGAAGAAAGACAAUGAGGGCUUUGGCUUUGUGCUUCGGGGAGCCAAAGCCCAGACUCCUAUAGAGGAGUUCACUCCGACCCCAGCAUUCCCCGCGCUGCAGUACCUGGAGUCUGUGGAUGAGGGGGGUGUGGCCUGGAGGGCUGGUUUAAGGAUGGGGGACUUCCUUAUUGAGGUUAAUGGUCAGAAUGUAGUGAAGGUGGGCCACAGGCAGGUGGUCAACAUGAUCAGACAAGGUGGCAACGCUCUGAUGGUCAAGGUUGUCAUGGUGACCCGCAACCCGGAGAUGGAGGAGACCAACCUCAGGAAGAAAGUCCCCCAGCAGGCUAAGAGGCUGACUCCUCCUGCCAUUGCCCUGCGCUCUAAAUCAAUGACAUCAGAGCUGGAAGACAUGGCUGCCUCUCCAUGGAAAAAUAAAGCAGAGUACGAGUCCUCCCAGGUGCCUGAUAAGAAGAGGACAGUCUAUCAAAUGGCACUGAAUAAACUGGAUGAGAUCCUGGCGGCGGCUCAGCACACAAUCACAUCAGACGGACAGGGACAGCGGGGUCACGGAGGGAAGAGAGACCGAACCAAGAGCAUCGCCUCCAAUGAGCCAAGUCAUGACCAGUUGGUUGGUGUGAUGCCGCCUGGGUUUGGUUACAACCAGGGUCAAUACCCCCCCGGCCAGCCUCAUGGAGUAAUGCUGCGACAGAAAUCUAUUGGUGUGAUGGAGGAGGACAGGCAGUACCUCCACAACCCGGCCAUGAAACUGGCCCGAAGUCUGUCAGAGGACAUCCCCCCUCCCCCCAACACGUCCGCCCCGGAACCCCCCUUAUCUGCUGACCCCCAUACUGUUUGGAGGGGGGAGCAGUCUGCCCCCCAGCCCCCAUCCUCCCAGGCCCAGGCCCAGGCCCUCCUCACCCAGCAGCAGGCAGUCCACGCCACCCAGGCAGGCUGGGACAGGGGAGGCCCUGUCAAUCAACAGCACGGCAUGGCCCCGACCCUCCGGAGAGGAGGAGGACAAUACACAGGGGAGCCCCCAGAGGGGACGAAGAGAGUAGGGGGAAAAAUGGGGGCGUUGAGGAGGGGCUACAGUAGUGCUACUCCACCCACGAGCGCCGCUCCCAAAACUCAACAGCAACCCCAGCAGCAGCAGCCCCAGCAGCAGCAGCCCCAGCAGCAGCAGCCCCAGCAGCAGCAGCCCCAGCAGCAAGUGGCGACCCGCGAGAGGGGCGGAGAGGCAGGCAGGGGUGGGGGAGGCAGGAAGGGCGGGAGGGGCCCUCUAGUAAAGCAAACCACAGUGGAAGGUGGGCUCAGCAGGCACCACCGAGGGGGGCAAGGCCAGGUGGGUAAGCGCUCAGGGGCCAAAGAGAAGAGCUCCAUCCCCAUCCCCACCAUCAUCGUCAAGGCCCCCUCCACCAGCAGCGGCAGUGGCCGCAGCAGCCAGGGCAGCAGCGUAGAUGCCGAGCAUCCGCCUCCCGACAUAGACGACCCUACCUCCCCAUCCGCCUCUGCCGACACCCCCACCACUCCCGGCCUGCCUUCCCCUGUGUCCCCCUUACCACCCCAGCCCCCUGUCUCUUCCGCCAUGCCCCCUUCAACUGUCGCCCCCCAGCUGCCCCCUAACCUGGAGAAUCUGGACUUCACCAACCAGUUCAGGGGGGCCUUCGUCGGGGCAGCGCGCCGGGACCGGGAACGUUUCCGUGACAUGAGGAGGAAGAGUGCUUCCUUCUUCCUCUCCUCCGAAGAGGACAUCCAAGGGGAGGCGGGGGGAGGUGGAGGGGUAUGGACUCAGCCCCUACAGGGGAUGGGGAUGGAUGUCCCCACCCCCCGCCUCCGCCCCUCCAAGUCCAUCGACGAGGGCAUGUUCUCUGGGGACAAUUAUGUCCACUACGCCAGCAGCAUGCCCCCUGCCUUCGGGCUGCCUGAGUACCACUCCCCUGUGAUGGGCCAGGACGGCCAGCCCAAGUCCGCUCCCUCCAACUACGGCCCAGGCUCUCCAGCCACCACCUUCAUCCACCCUCUGACUGGGAAGGUCCUUGACCCCUCGUCCCCCCUGGGCCUGGCGCUGGCUGCACGGGAAAGGGCCCUCAAGGACGACCGGAGGACCCGGCGGGAGGAGCGGCACUUUGGCCGGCAGAUGUCCAGCGUGGGGGCAUUUCCUACCUCUCUCCCAUCCCCCACGCCGUCCCUGUUCCCCGCCACUACCUCCCCCGCCUCCCUGAGCCGCCCGCUGUCACCCAGGAUAUUACGCUUGGGAGGUGAAGGGGGAGGGGAGAGAGUGGAGAGGGACCAGGCGGCCGGAGCCAGAGAGGGCCUCAGAGUUCGCUUUUCAGAGGACAGAACCAACCAGUACCAGACCCAGUAUUAUCAACAGAGUCCUAGAGACAGGGAGCCACCUGGCCCGCCCAUGCAGCCGCCCGGCCCGCCGCCUCAGCCUGCACCCCGCAGACCCUCGUUCCUACAGAUGGAAAGCAGUGCAAACUCUAGCUAUAUCCCCCAAUACCGCCUACCCGCAGCCCCAGCCCACCCACAUGAAGAUGGGGGAGAGGGAGGAGGAGGAGUGGGACUGGGGCUCAUGGUGCUUCCACCGCCCACCCCCUCCAUAGACAUAGAUGAUGAGUUUGUCUUUGUUGACCCCCUACCCCCUCCCUUGCAGUUCGCCAACGGCCAAGGCCAGAGAGAACUGCAGAGGGGAUACUCUCAACAGCAUCAACACUCAGCUCAACACGCCCCUCUCGCCUUGCCACCUCCGCCACCCCCCCUCCCCUCCCCUAAAGUACCUCCACCAGGAGGCUUCACCUCCAACGCCCCCCUCCCUUCCCCCCAGACUGGGGACUCUGCUGCCUCCAGCCUCACGUCCUACGACAGCGAGGUGGCCAACCUCACCCAGUCAGCUCUGUCUCCCUCCCUCACCUCGCCCCAAAUAUUCCCCCGUUCCUCCGCCGCCACAGUCGCCUCCGUUUUACCCGCCGCCUCACUCCACAGACCCCAGCCCAUGUCCCAUGCACACCCAUUCUCCAGUGGCCCCAGCGUACCGGUUAACCCCGCUAAUAUGGGGGCCCCUGUUUCGCCGAUGACCUUAGCGCAGGACCGAGGCGCGGCCACCCUCACUACGACUGUGACCUACGCCACCACGAUGACCGUGACCGCCGCCGCCACCAGUACCACUGCCUCUGCGCCGUCUUCAGACUACAAUGUAGCUGGGACCGCCCCCAGAACUGCCGCCAGUGCUGCUGGCAAGGCAGGCGACCACCAACCCUCCAGGAUGAAGACUGGAGACUGGCAGACAGAGACGGUGGUGGACUCUGGGAUUGAGGAGCUGGACAGUAGCAGCGACCACCAUCUGGAAACACUGGGAGUGAGCAGACUGAAGGGAGAGAGAGGAGGAGGAGGAGGAGGAGGAGGAGGAGGAGGAGGAGGAGGAGGAGGAGGAGGAGGAGGAGGAGGAGGAGGAGGAGGAGGAGGAGGAGGGGGAGGAGGAGGAGGAGCGGAAGGGGAGAGAGUGGUCGGCGAGCACCCAGAUCCUUACUUGACUUACUCAGGUGGGCAAACGUUUGAAGUGCACCAUGCCAAACACACGGCCAACCCCCCUGUGUAUCCAAAGACGAUGCAGUACAAAGAGGGGGGCAUCAAGGACACAAGGGAAGCGUUGCGUCGACAGGCAAGCACCAAUCCGCCCUGCCAGAGCGUCCCACCACACCCCCAGAGACAGGCCAACCCAGAGGAGGAGGCCAGGAGAGGAGAGGGAGGAGCAGCGGACGAGAGGAAACAACGCAGACAGAGUCGACCCAAGAUGGAGGACAGCUUCGGUUCCACCUUGGCUGCCUGUCUUGAGCGGCCCAACACCCUGGAGCCAAGACCCUUGUCCUGGAGCGAGGGGGUCGACCCGGGGCAGGGCCUGGAGCGAGGCGGGGGUGGGAUGUCUGUGGAGGGGCGCAGGCUGCACUCACCCCUAUCGGGAGUAAAGGCCAGCAUCAUCAACGAGCUGAGCUCCAAGCUGCAACAGAUGAGCAAUAAGAGCACGGAGGACUGGAGUCAGUCUGAGAUGCGAGGUCCGAGUCCCAUUAAUCCGAGGUCGCCCACAAUGCAAAGAUAUUCAGGGGAUUUCUCUGCCUCGUUUCAGAGCCCCCCCACAGGCCACUCCACUUCCCCCUUACCCACCUCCUCGCCACAGCAUCGCCCGUCAAUCUUCACCCCCAAUCUCACUGCCACCCCCUCCGGCUCGCCAUCCCACCAGCCCCCACUCCAGCCUAACUGGAUCCACUCCCCCUCUCCCCAGAUGCCCACCUCCCCCUCUCACUCUUCCCACCCUCCUCUCUCCCCCACUUACUCCCCCUCUCAAUCCCACCCUCCUCUCUCCCCCACGUACUCACCCUAUCCCACAUCCCCCAAACAUCGCACUAAGUACCGUGGAGCCAAGAUUUUUGACUUCCAGUGUACCCCUGGUCCAGAGCUGAGGUCGUCUAUGUCCCGCCGGCGCGCCCCCAGCCCCCUCAUCUACUCCACAAACCGCCCCAGCCCCGCCCCUCCCAGACCCUCCUCCCUCCCCAUCCUCCCCAGCACCCCUGUCUACAACACCCCCUUUGAGUUCCCCGUUCCCCUAACUCCCUCAUCCCCAGGUCACACCAUAGGAGACCCCUACAACCCCUCCACCUCUCCUCUCUUUCCCACAUCCCCACAACCUCCCAGCGCCCUCCUGGUCUCCCGCUCCCUCUCCCCCACCCAGUUCCUCUCCGGCGCAUCCUCACCCUCCAUGCACCUGCCCCCCUCUCCAUCCUGCCUCAACUACCCCCACCUCACCCCUCCUCCCCCUGCCAAGCCCUUCGCCAUCAAGCCCCUGUCCUACUGGACCAAGUGGGACGUGGCCGACUGGCUUUCCUACCUGAACCUGGGGGAGCACAGGGAACGUUUCAUGGAUAACGAGAUCGACGGCUCCCACUUGCCUUCCCUCACCAAGGACGACUUCCUGGACCUGGGGGUGACGCGCGUCGGCCACCGCAUGAACAUCGAGAGAGCGCUGAAGAAACUGACUGACAGGCUGUUCUCUCCCAUGCAUGACCCUAGCCCCUCCCCUGAGCCACAGGCAGAGAGUGAAAGAUGAGGUGACUCAGGGCUCAGAGAAAGACAGAGAAACACACGGACCGAGUUGAGUUCUAUAGAAGACCAUUGGACACAGAGUGUGAGCUGGACAAAUGGCGUAAAGGAUCACGACGGAAAAGGCUUAAUCACACCAGGAGAGAUUUGUUAUGAGUGGAGGACAAUUGUCUAUUUACACCCACUGUACAACUACUGAUAAAUAGGCUUUUAAUUAACACAUGGACACACACAGACAGAUACACACACACACACACACACACACAGACACACAGACAUUUGACUGGUGAUUCUCACACUCCAUCUGCUGCCUGGCGGUUACAGUACUGGGAGAAAUGCUAACAAGAAUCUUGAGAUUGUAAUGCUGCUACCCAUACAGAGAUGGUAAGCCCAUGGAUAUACUAAAGGUGGUGGUUGGGUACCUCUAAUAAACAAUACAGGCCAUAUUCUUAUCCUGAAAUUCAUGCGCAAACUCUGACGCACAUUAGAGCAUGGGAUUGGAAGCUAUUGUUGGAAUGUCUAAAAUUCCGAAUAUGGUCCUAAAAUGGAAAAGUACAUGACAUUUUAAGUUAAAGUAAACAGUAAAAAAAAAAAAAAAAA